GGGCGGCCCCAGUCAGACGCAGGCAGCCCCAAAGCCUGAACAGGCAGGGCAGGACCCAGGUACAGACCCAGCUUGUUCGCCUCCGCCAGCGGGGACCCCGAGCUAGAGCUGCAGCGGCACCCGCCCGGCCCCCGGCUCCCGGCUCCAGCGAGCGAGCGGCGAGCAGGCGGCUCACAGAGGCCCGGCCGCCCACGGAACCCGGAGCCCGGCGGCCGCCGCCGCGAUGUUUCCCCGGGAGAAGACGUGGAACAUCUCGUUCGCGGGCUGCGGCUUCCUCGGCGUCUACUACGUCGGCGUGGCCUCCUGCCUCCGCGAGCACGCGCCCUUCCUGGUGGCCAACGCCACGCACAUCUACGGCGCCUCGGCCGGGGCGCUCACGGCCACGGCGCUGGUCACCGGGGUCUGCCUGGGUGAGGCUGGUGCCAAGUUCAUUGAGGUAUCUAAAGAGGCCCGGAAGCGGUUCCUGGGCCCCCUGCACCCCUCCUUCAACCUGGUAAAGAUCAUCCGCAGUUUCCUGCUGAAGGUCCUGCCUGCUGAUAGCCAUGAGCAUGCCAGUGGGCGCCUGGGCAUCUCCCUGACCCGCGUGUCAGACGGCGAGAAUGUCAUUAUAUCCCACUUCAACUCCAAGGACGAGCUCAUCCAGGCCAAUGUCUGCAGUGGUUUCAUCCCCGUGUACUGUGGGCUCAUCCCUCCCUCCCUCCAGGGGGUGCGCUACGUGGAUGGUGGCAUUUCAGACAACCUGCCACUCUAUGAGCUUAAGAACACCAUCACAGUGUCCCCCUUCUCGGGCGAGAGUGACAUCUGUCCGCAGGACAGCUCCACCAACAUCCACGAGCUGCGGGUCACCAACACCAGCAUCCAGUUCAACCUGCGCAACCUCUACCGCCUCUCCAAGGCCCUCUUCCCGCCGGAGCCCCUGGUGCUGCGAGAGAUGUGCAAGCAGGGAUACCGGGAUGGCCUGCGCUUUCUGCAGCGGAACGGCCUCCUGAACCGGCCCAACCCCUUGCUGGCGUUGCCCCCCGCCCGCCCCCAGGGCCCAGAGGACAAGGACCAGGCAGUGGAGAGCGCCCAAGCGGAGGAUUACUCGCAGCUGCCCGGAGAAGAUCACAUCCUGGAGCACCUGCCCGCCCGGCUCAAUGAGGCCCUGCUGGAGGCCUGCGUGGAGCCCACGGACCUGCUGACCACCCUCUCCAACAUGCUGCCUGUGCGUCUGGCCACGGCCAUGAUGGUGCCCUACACGCUGCCGCUGGAGAGCGCUCUGUCCUUCACCAUUCGCUUGCUGGAGUGGCUGCCCGACGUUCCCGAGGACAUCCGGUGGAUGAAGGAGCAGACGGGCAGCAUCUGCCAGUACCUGGUGAUGCGCGCCAAGAGGAAGCUGGGCAGGCACCUGCCCUCCAGGCUGCCGGAGCAGGUGGAGCUGCGCCGCGUCCAGUCGCUGCCGUCCGUGCCGCUGUCCUGCGCCGCCUACAGAGAGGCACUGCCCGGCUGGAUGCGCAACAACCUCUCGCUGGGGGACGCGCUGGCCAAGUGGGAGGAGUGCCAGCGCCAGCUGCUGCUCGGCCUCUUCUGCACCAACGUGGCCUUCCCGCCCGAAGCUCUGCGCAUGCGCGCACCCGCCGACCCCGCUCCCGCCCCCGCGGACCCAGCGUCCCCGCAGCACCCGCCGGGCCUGCCCCCUUGCUGAGCACCCCUGCUCUCGAGGCCCGGCCCGUGAUCGGGGCCCUGGGGCUGUGAGACCCCGACCCUCUGGAGGAACCCUGCCUGAGACGCCUCCAUUACCACUGCGCAGUGAGAUGAGGGGACUCACAGUUGCCAAGAGGGGUCUUUGCCGUGGGCCCCCUCGCCAGCCACUCACCAGCUGCACUGAGAGGGGAGGUUUCCACACCCCUCCCCUGGGCCGCUGAGGCCCCGCGCACCUGUGCCUUAAUCUUCCCUCCCCUGUGCUGCCCGAGCACCUCCCCCGCCCCUUUACUCCUGAUAACUUUGCAGCUGCCCUUCCCUCCCCAUUUUUCAUGCCCUGCUGAAAUAUGUGUGUGAAGAAUUAUUUAUUUUCGCCAAAGCACAUGUAAUAAAUGCUGCAGCCCA